CCGGCUGAUUGGCCCCUCCGCGGCGUAUCCUCCGGCUGGCAGCCAGGCGGGCGCGUCACGUGGCCGAGCAGCGUCCAGGGCGCCGAUCCGCGGGCCUCCAGGCAUGGACCGUCAGGCCUCCGGAGUCCGGGCGCUGGGGGCCGCCGAGCCGCUUCGGGGUCCGCCGCUGCCGAGCGCGCGGGAGGCGCCCCCCAGCCCGGGGGCCACCUUUGCCCCCGCUGACCCCUCCGGGCAGCAGAGAGAGACCGAGAAGGCCAUGAAUCGGCUAGCCAGUGGAGCACAGAGCAUCCCUAAUGGUAGUCCUACCCACGGUGAGGGCACCCACUCGGAAGAGGAAGGCUUUGCUAUGGAUGAUGAGGAUUCGGAUGGGGACCUGAAUACCUGGGAGCUGUCAGAAGGGGUAUCCGACUGUCCGCCCAAGGAACAGGCUGCUGAUCUUUUUAACGAGGACUGGGACUUGGAGUUGAAGGCAGAUCAAGGGAAUCCGUAUGAUGCCGAUGACAUCCAGGGUUGCAUUUCUCAAGAUGUCAAACCUUGGGUGUGCUGUGCCCCGCAAGGAGACAUGAUCUAUGACCCCAGUUGGCACCAUCCGCCCCCGCUGAUACCCCAUUAUUCCAAGAUGGUCUUCGAAACAGGACAGUUUGAUGAUGCUGAAGAUUGAGUCUGCAGCUUCUUGCCUGGUGGGUGGGCCUGCCUUCCAGAUGAAGGUCUCUCUUCCUUUCAUUGAGGUGAGAGGUCACAUUUGAGGACCCAUUCCCAGCGAUCCCAGAGUCGGGAGCAUAGACUGGUGUUAACUAGGACCCCAGUGUCCUCCAGUUCUGUUGUUGUUGUUGUUGUUGUUUUUAGUGAGCUCCUCCUUGGGACAUGUGAGUGUUUGUGUCUGUGUCAGGAGGAGUUGUGUUCUUUAUAAAUAAAGGUAGAAAAAAUUUGA